UUUGUGAAGCAUACUGUCAAAUCUGAAAUCAUUGGUGUGAUGGAUGUUUAUUUUAUUUACGAAAUGAGGUCUUAAUUAUUAGUUAAUUGUGUAUUUAUAUUUAAGUAGACGCAAGUUGUCUGUGCCAUUAAAUUAUUAUUUAUAUUGUAAUUUGAAUAUUGCUUGGAAAUUGUAUGGGCUUAUUAAUGAGGAAAUAACAUGUACGUGUUUUUUAAUUAUACGUAAUUAGUGCUAACAAUGUUUUAAUUGAAAGAUUAGAGUGAUAAUAAAAAACGAUGGAUGAAGCUGCAAGUCUUGCACACGGACCUCCAAUAAAUAUUCUUCCACCAACACCAGCAGGAUUGGAGAGUUUAUAUACUUUGUGUAGAAAAGUUUAUCCUGAUCAGGCAAAUCCCUUACAAGUCACUGCUUUGUUAAAAUAUUGGUUAGGUGGUCCAGAUCCCUUAGAUUACAUAUCUAUGUAUGCCAACCCUGGAGUGCCUCAUGAAAACAUUCCACCUCAUUGGCAUUAUAUUAGUUUUGGUUUAUCCGAUUUACAUGGAGACGGUAGAGUACACGAUAUUUCAGGUCCAGAAAGUGUAUCAGGCUUUGGAUUUGAAUUAACAUUUAGAUUGAGAAGGGAAGCAGAAGAAACUGCACCUCCAACAUGGCCCGCUACUCUUAUGCAGAGCUUAGCAAAAUAUGUAUUUCAAUCAGGUAAUACACUUUGUUCCGGAGAUCAUGUUUCAUGGCACUGUGCAUUAGACAAUAGCGAAUCUCGAAUCCAACACAUGCUGAUGACCAAUGAUGUUCAGCUAAAGACAACUCAUACACCUUUUGGAACUGUAGAUUUUGUUCAGAUUGUAGGCAUAUGUGCAGAGGAAUUAAAGGCUGCCCAACAAUGGAACGGAGCUGGGAUUUUAGAUAUGAUCAAACACAUUUCUUCAGCUGGAGGACCAUGGCACAUAACAGAUAUGCGAAGGGGAGAGAGCAUAUUUGAGCUAGACCUCAAUGCACACGAAGAGGUAGAAAGGGGUUUCGAAUUAGAGGGAUCUAAUUUAAGUGGCGUAAGUGCCAGAUGUUCGUGGGUUGAACAAGAUCCUUCUAGGCUAGAUAUUGCUUAUUUAAAGGAAAAGACUGAUGAACACGAGGAUGGGAAAGUAAAAUCACCUCUCCAUCAGAGUCUGCAAGGUAUAAACCUCCAAGUUUAUUCAUGCGGUUUCAGUUCUCAGUUAAAUAAAUCCUUAGGUAAUAGGGGUAUUUUAGAAUCUACAGAACUCCUCCACAUUAAAAAAUUAGAGGGAGUGCAUUUGAUAUUUAACUUGGAAGCUGGCAGCCUUCUACCUUUGGCCAUAAGGGGACGAGUAAAACAUGGUCGGCACUUUACAUUCAAAUCUGUUUUGGGAGAGGCAGCUAUAACUUUAGUCGCACAUUCAGUGACAGGAACAUUAGUCGAUAUGGAACAUCCUUUUGUGGCUCAAGGUUCAUGGUUGCAGGUGUUAAUACCGGACGAUCUAGCACAAGAUAUGGCAGUUACAUUUCAAGUACUUACCAGUCCAGAGGCAUUAUCUUUACCAAAAACGUUUUCAUGGCCAGACAGGAAAUUGUCGAUCACCAUUGUAGCAGAUAAAGUCUAAGAAGUGUUCGAGCGCAAUUUUAA